AUGCGCCCGCUGGCCUGCCAACGGGGAGUGGGCGCCCUUCCUGGGCGCCACAGCCAUGCCUUGCGAGCGGGUCGUCCAGCCCGUCUUCGCGUGGUGCGUCCGUCUGCCACGCUGGGAGAGCGGCUGGACGAUCUUGAGGAGAGCGUGGACGACCUGCGACGCCCCUGGUACCUGCGGCACCCGCUGGCCGGCCUGCGCCAGCUGAAGCGCUUCAGGGACAAGCUGAUACGGGAGAACCUCUUCGACACGUCGCCUCCGUCCCUGCCUAGCACGGAUGACUCCGUUCCUCCUAGGCCUGAGAGGACGGACGCACGCACGGCUGACGGGUCAUAUACCGACCUGGAAGACCCGAAGAUGGGGAUGGCGGGGGUGCGCUUUGGACGGAACGUGCCCUUCGAGAUGGCCUACCCGGACCCCAAGUUGCUGGAGCCGAACCCCCGGGAGGUGAGCAGGCGGCUGAUGACCCGGCGGGAGUUCAAGCCAGCCACAAUCCUCAACAUACUGGCGGCCGCGUGGAUUCAGUUUCAGACGCACGGCUGGUUCGUCCACGAGAACGACGAGGAGAAGGAGCUCGAGAUACCGCUGGAGUCAGACGACGACUGGGAGGCGGCGAGGGACGGAAAGAUGGUGCUGAAGGCGACCAAGGCGGACGACACGCGGGUGGAGGGCGACGGCGGGCCGCCCACGUUCCUCAACAGUGUGACGCACUGGUGGGACAGCAACCAGAUCUACGGCAGCGACAAGGCGACCAUGGACAAAUUGCGCACGGGCAAGGACGGCAAGCUCAUCAUCGGCAGCGACGGACUGAUUCCGCUUGACGAGUCCGGGCUGGACAUGGCGGGCUUCAACGACAACUGGUGGCUGGGCCUCAGCGUCCUCCACACACUGUUCGUGAAGGAGCACAACUACCUGUGCGACGAGCUGAAGAAGCAGCACCCGGAGUGGGACGACGAGAUCCUGUACAACAAGGCGCGGCUCCUCAUCGCGGCGCUGUCUGCCAAGGUGCACACCGUGGAAUGGACGACGGCCAUCAUGCCCCACCCCACCACCACGCUGGGCCUUACCACCAAUUGGUGGGGAUUAUUGGGGCAGGCCUGGAAGAACAAGUAUGGGAGGGUGGGCGACAGCGAUGUGCUGGGAGGGAUCCCUGGAAGCCCGCAGAGCCACUGGGGCUGUCCGUACGCCCUCACUGAGGAGUUCACCACCGUGUACCGCAUGCACCCGCUCAUGCCAGAUGAGUUUGAGUUCCGUCGCGUGGGGGGCGGCAAGCCCGUGGCCAAGAAAGACCUGUUCGAGGUCUCUGGAAAGAGCGCACGGCCUGUUAUGAAGGAGGUCGGCAUCGAAACGGCGCUGUACUCCUUCGGCACCCAGCACCCCGGCGCCGUGACGCUCCACAACUACCCCAAGCUGCUGCAGAAGCUGGUGAAGGACGACGGGGAAGUCAUGGAUCUGGCGGCUGUGGAUAUCAUCCGUGACCGCGAGAGGGGCAUCCCACGGUACAACGACUUCAGGGAGCAGAUGGGCAUGGACCGGGUGAAGACAUUCGAGGAGAUCAACCCCGACUAUGCGAAGGAACUGAGCGAGGUGUACGGCGAUGUCGACAGCGUGGACGCCAUGACCGGUCUCUUCGCGGAGAAGCUUCCAGAAAACUUUGGAUUCAGCGAAACGGCAUUCCGACUUUUCAUCGUCAUGGCCAGCCGCAGGAUGAAGUGCGACAGGUUCUUCACAGACGACUACACGCCUGAGGUGUACACUCAGUGGGGUCUGGAUUACGUGGAUGGCACGACCUUCGUCGACGUCAUCCGCAGGCACUAUCCGAAGCUCAGAAAGACUCUGGAAGGCGUCGAGAACGCCUUCGCGCCGUGGGACAGCCCCUGCAACAGGGACGGCCUGCAAGAAGUGGCGAGGGACAUCGUGGAGAUGAAGCGCAUGGCCUGGAACAACAUGGUGGGCAAACCUAACAAGGUUUAG